CUUUGACAGAAGAAAUUUUAAAGUUUUAACAGGUUGUAAUUUUUGGAAAACUUUGUUUUUCUUUAAAAAUAAAGUGAUUUAUUUAUACUAGACUGCAUAAUUAUUAAAAUGAGUGACAGUAGUAGUGAUGAAUGUGAUACACAACAUGUUUUAUUCAAAAAUAGACCAGAAUGGAGCGAUGUUACACCUUUAAAGCAAGAUGACGGUGACGAGCCAGUUGUCCUUAUUGAUUAUACUGAAGAAUUUGAAGACUGCUUUGACUAUUUUCGAGCUAUAGUACAAAAAAAGGAAUAUUCCGAUAGAGCAUUACAGUUAACUAAAACUGCAGCUAGUUUAAAUCCAGCCAAUUAUACUGUUUGGCAGUACAGGCGAGAAAUACUUAAAUCGCUUGGUAAAGAUUUACAUGAGGAAUUAGAUUAUAUAGGUAAAGUUAUUUUGAAGCAAACCAAAAAUUACCAAGUUUGGCAUCACAGACGCAUUAUAGUUGAAUGGUUACAAGAUCCAUCAAAAGAAAAGUAUCUCACAGAAGAAGCGUUGGCUAAAGAUCCCAAGAAUUAUCAUGCUUGGCAACAUAGACAGUGGGCUAUAAAGACUUUCAAUUUAUAUGAUGAAGAAUUAGCUUACGUGGAUCAGCUUUUAAAAGAGGACGUAAAAAAUAAUUCUGCAUGGAAUCAAAGGUAUUUUGUAGUAAACAAUACAACAGGCUUUACAGAACAAAUUCUUAAUAAUGAAAUAGAUUAUACAUUGGGAAAGAUAAAGCUUUUAAUAGAAAAUGAAAGUUCAUGGAACUACCUAAGAGGUCUUCUUGUGCAUGAUAAGAAAGGUAUAAGUCAUAACAAAAAGGUGGCCGAUUUCUGUGAAACUUUAUACAAUGAAGGAAACAGAUCACCAUUUCUUUUAGCAGUGAUUGUUGAUAUGUGUUCAGAGCAGUUGACCUACGAUGGGGGUGAUGGUGAUAGCAUUUAUACUGUAAUGAGAGCCAAAGAGUUGUGUAAUGAUCUAGCAACUCAGUAUGAUACUAUUAGAGCAAAAUAUUGGGUGCAUAUGGCAGAAACUAUAGAAAAACAGGCCAAAGAACAAGAUAUUCAAGAUACCUCUUCAAGUACAAAAUAAAAAAAUUAUAUUUUAUUUUGCAAUUUUUUUGGUUUAUACAUGCCAGUGACUUGUGAACUUUUAACAAACUUAUUUUGUACAAGAAAACAUACUGUAUAAGAAAGAAUAUUGAAUAUGUUUAUAUAUAUGCAAAUUUAUUAGUUACAAGUUAUAAUAUGAUUAUAUUGGCUUGAUUAAGCUCGGCUAUGAAUUUGAAUAUUUGAACAUUCUUUUUAAUUCAAAAUUUUUGUUUUUCUGAAAUAUUUUAAUUAAUUUAAUAGACAAGUAAAAGGUAAGAAAACAUGAAAUACUAUAAUAAAUAAUGGAAUUUUGAAGGAAAAACUAGCAUCAUACUAGUUGGAAAUACUAAAAAUAAGUAAAUGUGCUUGUUCUGAUUAUUAGUGUAUUAAUAUAUAUUUAUGUUAAUAUUCUACCUAAUAAAAGUUAAGCUUAACAACGAAAAGAAAUUCUGUCAUAGAAGAGACAAAAUUAUGCAAUUUAUCACUACAGUUUAUCAACUGUAAUUGGAAAUUACAACUAAGGAAAGACUUUUAGUCAUGCUUUGCUUGAAAACUACUUUGGUUGACUGUUAUUUUUGUUUCUGUAUUUAUAUAUGUAUAAAAAAUGUAUUUGUGAGUGUCACCAAAAAGAGAAACAUUCAAGUAUUAUGAAAUAAAAAUUUUGUUUUUCUGUUAA